AUGGGUAAUUUCGUUUUGAUAAUUUUCUUUGCCAUGACAUUGGCCAUGGUGUCUAAGUCAUCGGAAUCACACACCAUUUUGCAUAUGGGACGUAAACAAUUUUCAAGUAUUCCUCUACCGCCGAUAUGCAAUGGGUUGUUGGGAGAGUGUUCUCAUGAAGAGGAAAUGGCAAUGGGGUCUUCUAUUAGUAGAAGAAACUUAGCUCAAAACGGAAGGUACAUAAGCUAUGAUGCUCUGAAAAAGGACAGUGCCCCAUGUAAUCGUCGUGGAAAUUCUUACUAUGAUUGUCAAAAUCGUGGAAAGGCUAAUCCAUAUCGCCGUGGCUGUAGUGCCAUUACCCAUUGUGCUAGAUCUACAGACUGA